AUGGCGGAGAAGAAAUUGAGGGACAAAGAUGGACGUCAGAGAAUCCUCUUUAAGAGGGUGGACAAGGCGCGUAAGUGGCUCAAUGCAGUGCUUGCCAAAUCACCAAUGCAGAACCUGGAGGCAAAUGGAUGGUCUACGGUGCAGGGUUCACACCUCAUCUGUGGCAUCCACGCCUUCAAGGUAGAGCUGUUUAGGCUACAGUGGGAUACUUGGCUUCACAGUCAGAGAUCUUCACUUGCGCCAAUGACUACAGCAUGGCAAGCAUUUGCAGCCACGCAGGAUGCCAAGCGGCCUGCCACGGAUGACGACCAGACAACUGCAAUCUCCUGGGCUACCAAAGCUCUUGGAGAGGAAGUCAAAGGUCUGACAACAUUGCUGCCAGUGCUGCAUUGUCCCGGAUGGAAGAAGCAUGAUGAGAUACAAAUGCGAUAUAUCCCAAGAAGCAUCAGAGCAAAUACCGAAUGGAAGAGCAACAAGCUCAACAUUGCUCUGUUGAAACCUCUUGAGGAUGUGGAUCCACAGGGACAAGAGCCCCAGCUGGCCCUCAUCCUUGAUGCCAACCUGGUGAAGACUCAUGAAGCCACCAAAGAUGUAGAAUUGGUGGAUGGCCGGCUCUUGAGCCAGGCCAGCAUUGCUGCAAUGAAGUGGGAUCUCUUGCACACUGAUGGUUUACUCCUUGGUGUACGCAUGGAUACCCAUGGAGCACAACAGGCUGCUGUGGGGACAGCGCUCUGCCAGGCGGCAGUCAAGUCAGCUCUGCUGACUCGAUCAAGCUGGCGGCGGGAGAGUGCAUGGACAAACUCUGAAGCUGCUGCAAGUAUCAGAUACCGGUGGGAGGAUCAUUGCAGGAAGGUUGGGCCUUACCAAAACACUGGUAAAAAGCUGACUAAAGAUCAACAGAACCAACAGGCUAUUCAAGAUGAAAAUAUCUUGGAAUACCUUGAGGGACUGACAGUUGGCAUCCUCCCAGGACUUUACAAGGAGCACAGGACUGUGACAAGGGAAGCAGGACUGUUGUCACUGGGCUAUAGGGGACUCAGACCUGCAAGUCAGAGUGUUUGGGCACCGUCAGGGAACAAAGUGGCGCAAAGAGCUGUCCUCAUGCAUGUACCAAUAUGUGUGCGCAACAAGAGCAACUCACCAGAUGCGGCGUCAGCAAGCAAGCUUGCAAAUGACGACCACGACAAACUCAGGUUGGGCGCCGUGUUGCAAUUGAGACGAGCAAAAGGCAACAGAUUGCCAUGCUUGUUGCAUCCGCCGUCGUAG